CUCUCCAUAAACCUCAACUCCCAAGUCCUAUAACAACUAUCUCUCUCUCUCUCUCUCUCCCUCACAAGAACACAGCCAGUCAAGAAAUCUGAGUUUUACUGUCUGAAGUCUGAAGAACUGAAAACCAUGAAGCAAAAGACUGUUUCCUUUGCACUUCUUCUCUUUGUUUUCCUCAUCACUUCCUCACAGUUUUCUGCAGGCCGGUCCUUGGCAAACAAACAAGGGAAAGAAGAGGAAGUGAAGCUUGAAAAUGGCACCAACAGUGAACUAAUGAAGCCAGAAACCACUGAUUCUCUAGAGAAGCUUAUGGGGCUAGAGAAAUGUGAGACCACAGAUGAAGAAUGCAUGAAGAGAAGGGUGGUUGCAGAGGCUCAUCUGGAUUACAUCUACACUCAGCAACACAACCCCUAGAUGAUGUUUCCCCAACCAAACAUUAUUGUCUGGAAAAAAGACUAAAUAUGUAGCAGACAAUUUUCAUAAGAAGCUUCAGAUUAAUUAUAUAUAUUGUGAAAUGGUUGUUUAACAUUGUAAAAUGUGUCAGCAAUCCUUGAUGUUUCUUCAGGAAAGAGCCAGCUGCAGCCAGAGUGAUUAUGUGUUUGGUGGUGUGGUGUUUUCUGCUUAUAUUUCUAGAAAUAGUAUUAAAUACUAGCUAUAGGUGCAAGGCUCUAGAUAUGCAGUUAGAGGUUCUUAAAUUCAUAUAUAUAUAUAUAUAUAUAUAUAUAGUGUGUAGGAUUAUCUGUAAAAUGUACUAGGAUUCUAAUAAUUAAUAAUAAUGUGCUGUUGUGGCUGCAA